UUGCCACACUAUGUAAUCAUGACCGCUCUCAUGUCACUUGUGGUGUUUGUCAGACCCGUUAAUUUUUCCAGGUUUUCGCUGUUGAAUUGCCAUAAUUGUGUGGUCUCGAUGAAACAAACAUAGGUAUAUUCUCUGACUGGCUUCAAAGACAAGACAAAGGGUUUUCUUAAAAAAAAAAAAACUCCCCAUCGACCAUGUGGAGAGAAGACACAUGAAAACAGGCAGCGCUUCAAAGCAGCGCCGCUUUCUCGGUGUCCGUGCGGGAGAAAGCGACGUCCGGGAGCGGUCCGCGCAUUCAGCCACGGGGGGGACUAUCCGAUGUGGUGGAAUGUCAACCCUGAGGCAGAGAAAGGAUGUAAAACGGAAGGACUUAGGUCAGGAGCGGCAAAUUCCGGACUCGCGUGAGGACCACGCGAAGAGGACCCAAACCAGCUUGCAGACAUGGUGGACUGGGAUCUGGGUUGCGUUUGGGGUCGUGCUGGGAGUAUCUCUUGGCCUCCUGAAUUGCAUAUAUGUGGCCACGUUACAUGAAAAUGAUCUCUGGUUCUCCAACAUCAAGGAAGUUGAGCGUGAAAUCUCCUUCCGAACCGAAUGCGGCCUGUACUACUCUUACUACAAGCAGAUGAUCCAGGCCUCUUCCAUCGAGCAAGGGCUGUUUGAGCUCAUCUACGAUAACAAGACUGAGUCUAGGAGGACCAUAAAUGUCUUACAGCGGAUGAACAUAUACCAGGAGGUGUUCCUGAGCAUCCUCUACAGGCUCCUGUCAGUCCAGGAAUACUUAGAUCCGAUAUAUUUCUACAUCUACACCGUCUUCUCCCUGCAAGCUCUCUACGCCACUUCCCUCUAUGCCACCAGCUGGCUCCUGAGUGACUCUUGGCUGGCCGGUGCCCUUACUGCAUCUUGGUACAUCCUCAACAGGAUAGACACCACGCGUGUGGAGUUCACCAUCUCACUGAGGGAGAACUGGUCUCUGCCCUUCUUCGCGCUGCAAGUGGCCUCCAUCACGUAUUACCUGAGACCCCAGCUGAAGCCACUUCAGGAGAGAGCUGCGCUUCUCUUGGUCUUCCUCUCCACGCUCUGGUUCUCCCUCACCUGGCAGUUCAACCAGUUCAUCCUGCUUGUCCAAGCUCUCGGACUCUUUGUCCUCGACUGCCUCGACCUCAUCUCUCCCGACAAGGUGACGCACCUGUACAUCAUCCAGCUGAGCAGCCUUCUGGUGGUAUGGCUCCUGCAGUUCUGCAACCCCAUGCUGUUGGGCUCCCUGGCUGUCAGCUUCCUCAUCUCCACGCUCCUGGUCAGGCGCUUCCAGGCCGGCUUAAAACGCGGAGGUCCGCUCUCUCAGCUGGCCAGACUGGUUCUCGGUGGUCUCCUGGUACUGGUCCUAACCUUCACCAUCAAUUUUUUAACAAAGAAAUCCCUGCAGCUCCGAUCCGAUGAACAUAUUUAUAAGUUUGUAAAGGCAAAAUUCGGCUUGGGGUCAACAAGAGACUUUGAUGCCAAGCUGUACCUAUGUGAGGAGGCCUUCGGCCUGUUGCCUCUGGACACGUUUGACCGUUUGGCUGGGACACUGGUGCUCUACCCCUACCUGUGCACCACCAGCGUCCUGCUGGCUGUCCUGCUGUUCGUCGCCCUGAGGAAUCUCAUAGGUUCUCAGAGUGAGGCAGACCAGCACAAGCUGGGCUUGCGUCCGGACGUGUCGUACAACUUGCUGCACACGGUCCUCUUUGGCCUCCUGGCCUACAGCACCAUGAGGAUGAAGUAUCUGUGGACUGGUCACAUGUGCGCCUUCGCUGCUUACGGCCUCUGUGGGCGGGAGCUGUGGGGUAUCUGCCUUAGGACACUUCGCUGCCACACCCCGGCCAAGCUGAGACUCAUCCGCUACGCUGCUCCCAUCUCCGUGCUGAUCUUCCUUUACUUUAAGUUCUGGCCCAAAGUGAUGGAGGAACUUUCAGAACUGAGGGAGUUCUACGACCCCGACACUGUGGAGCUGAUGACCUGGAUCAGCUCCAAGACCCCCGAGGGGGCCGUGUUCGCCGGCAGUAUGCAGCUCCUGGCUGGCAUCAAGCUCUGUACUGGGAGGAGCCUGACCAACCACCCACACUACGAGGACCAAGCGCUGCGGGAGAGAACACGAGAGGUAUACCAGAUCUAUGCCCGGCAGCCCCCCGGGGAUGUGUACCGGACGUUGCAGGCAGUGGGAGCUGACUAUGUGGUCCUGGAGGACAGCAUCUGCUACGAGCGUCGGCACAGGCGCGGCUGCCGCCUGCGUGACCUCCUGGAUGUGGCCAACGGGCACAUCAUGGAUGACGCUGGUGAAAAUGAGCCCGACCUGAUAGAGGCCCCCCAUCCCCGCUUCUGCGUGGCCAUCAAAGCUGACGACCCAGCCUACACAAGGCUCUUCAAGCGCGUCUUCCAGAACAAGACAUUCCACGUGUACAAGUUGCGGAAGAGGAAGCCUCGAGCGGUGGGCGGCAGCACCGGUGCCGAUGUGUAAGCGGACCAGGCCGGCACCGUGACACUGGGCCGGCUCGCUCCCCGCCUCUCCGCGUUCCUCGCACCCACAGAAACGGCGGGGAUGACUCACUGCCCAACACGCCCGCGGCAUUGCUGUGGAAAUCGAUUAAGGGUGGUGAACUGGGGGCUGUGUGAUGACUCCUCCAUUCACCCUCAUUCUCAGAAGUCUAAAAAAAAGCCCUGAUAUUUUGACAAUGAUUGGAAACUCUCCACGGAAAUUACUGGCGCAGUCCAUCUCAUCAAAGAGACAGUGCUGGGGCCUGUCUCUCUGAAUCUCCCCGUGUAAUGAAUACUUUAUUAGUGACACCUAUCAAUUGCUUUCCACUCUUGUCUUUGAAGUUUGUUUAUUGAAAUAAAAUACUGGAUUUGAUUGAAA